AUGCCACCCAAUAGCAGAGACACCGUAACCGGAGUGCUUUUCGAAUCGGAUGUGGAGACGGUGGACGGCGGGUUGUCCAAGGAUGUGGCCAGUCUAAGGACCACCGAUGGCAGCCGACUGCAGUGUGUGCUGUUCGUCAUCAUUCACACGGCCUCCUUAUAUGGAGUGUGGUUGCCCCUGGCGGAGGCCAGCUGGACAACCUUCCUGCUCUUCCCUCCCGCCCUUCUGAUGACCCUUCUGGGUAUCUCCACUGGCGCCCAUCGCUUGUGGGCCCAUCGCACCUUCAAGGCGAACACGCUGCUGAAGCUGAUCUUGCUGUUCCUGAACAGCCUGUCCCUCCAGGACGCCGUCUACUAAUGGGCCAGGGAUCAUCGGGUGCACCACAAGUACACGGAAACGGACGCGGAUCCGUAUAAUUCGCAGCGUGGUUGGUUCUUCUCCGUCAGCUUGAAUCUCAUCUGGCUGCUCAACAGCUCGGCCCACAAGUUCGGCAUGAAGCCCUACGACAAGAACAUAUGUGCCGUGGACCAGGACUUCCUCAUCUCUUGCCGUGUGGGCGAGGGAUACCACAACUACCAUCACGGCUUUCCCUGGGACUACAAGAGCGCUGAGCUGGGGAAAUACUCGCAGGAUGUCACCACCAAGUUGAUUGAUUUUUUUGCCUAUUUGGGUUGGGCCUACGACCUCAAGAGUGUCCCCCUGGAUUUGGUUCGUCGGAGGGCGGAACGAACAGGUGAUGGCUCACAUCCCGUUUGGGGAUGGGGUGAUAGGGAUCAACGAAUGGAGGACAUUGCCGAUACCACCAUCACCCACCAGCAAAGGGGAAGAUAA